CCGUGUUGGAUUUGCCAACCAAGUACUUCUGUCUAUUUAUAAUAUUUGCAGUUUCUGCUUUCUCACAUGCAAAUUGUAUGCAGCUUCUAUCUCUUCUUCCUCUUGUACUUGUAGCCAUUUCUUGAUUCUCUUCUCUGAUCCCUUCUGUUUUCUCUUCUUUUUUUUUUGUAUACGAUAAUUGAUGAUGCAGGACGAGUAAUAAGGUCUAGCCUUAGUUCGCAUCAACUGAGCGAAACAAAGCCAGACCGACAGAGGUGAAGAGCUCAUGGCUCAAGAGCCAAGCAACCAAAAAACCAAGAGUGAGAUCGUUCGGUUACAAAACAAAUGUUCAAAUAUCCCUAUAAAUUAUAAACAUCAGCUGCAACAGAUUGCCAUUUUAAAUCACAUUGUUAGGAAGCUUUGCUUGAUUUUUGUUUAGAACUCAAUCUAGCUAGCUCAUCAGAAGAUCCAGUACUGAUCAAGCUCAUUUCUUCUUGCAUCUUAUAUUUUAUACAUAUUUUAGUUGCUCACAAAUCAUAUAUAAACACAUAUUCUAGCUUCUGAUUAUUCAUAAUUCAUACUGUCUUCGAGUUUUCAUCAUGAAAUUUGGAAAGGAGUUGAAGUCACAAAUGGUGCCCGAGUGGCAAGAAGCAUAUAUGGAUUAUGAAUUCUUGAAAAACCUCUUAAAAGAUAUCCUUCAUCACAAAAAAGAUACUACCCCUGCACCUAAUUCUGAUCAUCCAUCAGGAUUAACGCGAACUCUGUCACACUACAGAGCUUUUAGCGGUCUGACAUCAGUUCAAAGAAGCCUCUCUAUGCGCAGUACCACCAGUAGUCACCACGAAGACAUUGAGAACCACCCCAUUGUGGUGAACAAUGUCAAGGGACUGGAUGGGGAAGAUGGCUAUGUCACCACUUAUCGCGGGGCAGGGGAGGAUGAUGGAGAGCAGGAGCUUAUCUUCUUUAAUAGGCUUGAUAUUGAAUUCAACAAAGUUAACAAAUUCUACAGGGCUAAAGUUGAAGAGGUGAUGAAGCAAGCUGAUGAGCUGGAUAAACAGAUGAAUGCUUUGAUUGCUUUUCGGAUCAAAGUUGAUAAUCCACAGCAUGCUUGGUUUGAGACUGCUGUUGAUAUCGAUAAAUUUGCUUCCACCACCUCAUUAUCAACUUCAAAUUCUUCCUCUGGAAGGGGGCCUAGCAAAAGAAUAUUGCCUGAGCAAAUGGAUAAAAUAGAAGAAGACAGAUCCCUAAGAGGGCUGCGGUCAGAUGAUUCGGAUGAUUUAUCAUCAAGGGAUCAUCGCAUAUCAGACGAAAUACGACAUUCAUCAGGCCGAGUUGUUCCAGAAGUAACAAUGAGCAAAAGUUCAAGAAGUAGCACAGAUAGUGACUCUGUCUCUGGUAGACCACCAUCACUUGAGAUACUAAAACGUGUGACGGUUAACAAAGCGGCUGAUACGCCUCUUUCGACAAUCAAGAACGUCCUUAACGUUCCAGUGGACACGAACUUGAAGUUCACUAAAGAGAAUCUGAGUAAAGUUGAAGAUCAACUCAAAAAGGCUUUUGCUGAGUUUUAUCACAAGCUUAGACAUCUGAAGAGCUACAGCUUCUUGAAUAUUUUGGCCUUUUCAAAGAUCAUGAAAAAACAUGACAAGAUUACUUCAAGAAAUGCUUCAAAGUCCUACCUAAAAAUGGUUGACAACUCGUAUAUUGGUAGCUCCGAUGAGGUAAUUUCCAAGCUCCUGGACAGGGUCGAGGCAACAUUCAUUAAACAUUUUGCUAAUGCAAAUCGCAAGAAAGGACUCGACACCCUUCGACCAAAAGCUAAAAAAGAAAAACAUAGAGUCACAGCUUCUCUAGGUUUUCUUGCUGGUUGCACAGUGGCUCUUCUUUUCGCCCUUGUUAUGAGUGUAAGAACCCGUAAAAUAGUUGAGAAAGACGGCCAUGGACAGUACAUGGAAACUAUGUUUCCUCUGUACAGCUUCUUCGGGUUCAUUGUCCUGCACAUGCUGUUCUAUGCGGGGAAUAUUUAUUUCUGGAAGAAAUAUAAAAUAAACUAUCAGUUCAUAUUCGGGUUCAAGGCAGGAACUGAAUUAGGAUAUCGAGAAGUUCUCCUACUGAGUUUUGGACUCUCUGUGCUAGCAUUAGCAAGUAUUCAUGCGAAUCUUGACAUGGACAUCGACCCUAAAACCAACGACUACCAACAAUUCACGGAGCUCAUUCCUCUGAUUUUAGUAAUUCUGAUAUUUCUGAUAAUGAUCUGCCCAUUCAACAUCAUAUAUCGUUCCAGCCGCUACUUCUUUCUUACAUGUUCGAUUCACACUUUCUUUUCUCUGUUAUACAAGGUUGUGCUUCCGGAUUUUUUCGUGGCGGAUCAGUUUACCAGCCAGGUUCAAUCCUUCAAAAAUAUUGAGUUUUACAUCUGUUACUACAGUUCGGGUGGCUACAAAGUUAGAGAACACGAUUGCAAUAAAAAUACUGUUUUCAAUGUCUUCACUUACAUUUUAGCCCCGCUCCCCUUUUGGUGGCGCAUGCUUCAGUGUGUGAGGCGAUUCUUCGAAGAAAAAGAUGCUAUUCAAGGAUGGAACUCACUGAAAUAUUUUGCUAUAGUGGUAUCAUUUGCUACAAGAACAGCUUAUGGUAAAAACAACAGCAACGAGUGGUACAUAAUAGCUUGGGUGACCUCUAUAGUUGCUGGCGCAGUCGCUGCAUAUUGGGACAUUGUUUUCGAUUGGGGUCUUCUCAACAGGAAAUCCACUAACCCUUGGCUCAGAGACAAACUCAUUGUUCCCUACAAAAGUGUUUACUUUGCAGCCAUUGCCUUGGAUGUGUUGCUGAGAUUUUCGUGGAUUCAAAUUGUUUUGGACUUGGAAGUUCCUUUCCUGCAUGAACAAAGCAUGAUUGCAGUUAUAGCUAUUCUGGAAAUUGUUCGUCGUGGAGUUUGGAAUUUCUUCAGGUUGGAGAAUGAACACCUGAACAAUGUGGGCAAGUACCGUGCUUUUAAGUCUGUACCCCUGCCCUUCAACUACGAAGAAGAUGAAGAUGCAUGAUGCCUAGCAAAUCGCUGCAGUCUCCGGUCUCGUGCAUUGGUAGGAAUACAGAGCAUAUGUGUACAGAGAGUUUCGAGUAAAAUGCAUUGUUGUCAUCUGUUCAACUGUUUGGUUUGUGCUGAAAUGCAUUUGACAUUUCCGUUGAUAAUAACUAAAUUCACAAAGCCUAGAAAGACCAGUGAAGGUCUAGGGAAUUGAGGGAUUUUCACCUGGCCUUCUGAGUUGUUAUUUGUUCAUGUUCAGUUUGGAUUUCACCUUUUAUUUUUAUGUAUUUGAAUUUGGUAUGCAGAUAAUAAUAUGUCUCA